CCUGCAGUGAUGGAGAGUAUUUAACUGAGCUGAGGGGCAAAGUCGUGCAACACCCACUACAGCGCAGAACUCCAGCAGAUCAGCACGAUGAAGGGCAUCCUGGUGGUGUUGAUGUUGCUGGGAGUGGAGAUUCACUCCUUCAGGUUCGAUGAUCUGACUGCACACGUGAACAAACACCAGGACGAGUAUGUUCAGGCUCUGAGCGACUGGGUGUCUAUUGAAAGCGACUCCAGCGACGCCACCAAGAGGCCGGAGCUCCACCGCAUGAUGGACGCCGUGGAGGAGAAGUUGCGCCGGAUGGGCGGGGUGGUGAUAAGCAAGGACAUCGGCAACCAGACGUUGCCGGACGGCAGCGUGGUCGACCUGCCCAAAGUGGUGACGGCUCGGUUUGGCGAGGACCUGAACAAACUCACGGUGUGCGUGUACGGACACGUGGACGUCCAGCCGGCCAGGAGAGAAGACGGCUGGGCUACCGACCCGUACAACCUGACCGAGAUCGGCGGAAACCUGUACGGCAGAGGAGCGUCGGAUAAUAAAGCUCCGGUUCUGGCCUGGAUCCACGCUGUCCAGGCGCACAGAGAUCUGGACAUGGAGCUGCCGGUGAACGUGAAGUUUCUGAUCGAGGGGAUGGAGGAGACGGGUUCUAACGGUCUGGACGCUCUGGUGGAGCAUGAGAAGGACCGGUUCUUCUCCGACGUGGAUUAUAUCGUCAUCUCAGACUGUGGGUGGCUGACGACCCGGCCCGCACUGACCUACGGGACACGGGGGAACUGCUACUUCUACGCCCAGGUGGAGGGUCCGAAACAAGAUCUCCACUCAGGAGUGUACGGCGGGACCGUUGUGGAACCCAUGACUGACCUAAUCGGAAUUUUAGAUACUCUGAUCAGCCCGAGCGGUGAGAUCCUGAUCCCCGGAGUUCUGGAUGCCGUCGCUAACUUCACCGCUGAAGAGAGGAAGCUGUACGAGGAGAUCCAGUACGACGUGGAGAAGUACCGGCGCAAGAGCGGCGUGGAUCAGUUCAUGUACAGCGACAAGAUCGACCUCCUGGCUCAUCAGUGGCGCUACCCCACCGUCUCCAUCCACGGUAUCGAGGGAGCGUUCUCCGCCCCCGGAACCAAAACCGUCAUUCCUGCUAAAGUCACCGCCAAGUUCUCCAUACGCCAGGUUCCAGACAUGGAUCCUCCAGUCGUAGAGAAACAGGUUAAGGAUCACCUGCACUCAGUCUUCGCUCAGAGGAAAAGUCCCAACAACCUAACGGUGACGAUGGUUAUUGGAGCAAAACCCUGGCUGGCUGACCCCAAUCACGGCCUGUAUGAGGCAGGGAAGAGAGCAGUCAUGAGGGUGUUUAACACCAGUCCAGAUCUGAUCCGUGAGGGUGGAACCAUCCCCAUCGCUCGCACUUUACAGGACGUGACGGGGAAAAGCAUCAUCAUGCUGCCUAUAGGGGGCGCCGACGAUGGCCUGCACUCUCAGAAUGAAAAAAUUAGCAGGUACAACUACAUCGAAGGAACCAAACUGUUCAUCGCUUACCUGCACGAGGUCUCUCAGAUCAAAAUCAACUGAUCAACAUUCAUUUUGUUUUAUCCAUCUAUCCAUCCUCUACCCAUCUACUCAUCAUCCAUCCAUCUAUCCAUCCUCUACUCAUCCAUCCAUCAGUCACCCAUCCAUCAUCUAUCAAUCCAUCCGUCCUCUACCCAUCCAUCCAUCCAUCAUCCAUCCAUCAGUCCUUCCAUGCAUUCACUUAUAAUGUAUUGAUUUUAGUUAAGAGUAUUAUGAAAUGUAUUCUCGGUUGCAUCAGAAAUUAUUAAAAUCUAAUCAGAAAUAAUAAACUGCAGAACUUUA